AUGUCAUUGAUGGUAGAUACUUAUAACCCAAAGCAAUCCACUAAGCAAGGUGCAAAGCCUGUUUAUGGAAAGAAUACACCACAGUUCACAAGGACAGUCGCAGAGGUUGUCAAUACUUUGAUCAAUGCAUAUAAGGAGGGCAAGAAGGUCAACCUUUUAAAGAUAAAGGCUGAUCUCUCAGCAAAGAACUCUCUGUCUGAUCAACCAAAGACAGUUGACAUCAUCUCUGCAAUUCCCGAAGAUUACAAAGCAGCUCUAUUGCCUGCUCUCAAGGCCAAGCCUGUUAGAACAGCCUCAGGUAUUGCAGUUGUAGCUGUUAUGUGUAAGCCACAUAGAUGUCCUCACUUGGCAAUGACAGGUAACAUCUGUAUCUAUUGCCCAGGUGGCCCAGACUCAGACUUUGAAUACUCGACACAGUCAUACACAGGUUACGAGCCAACAUCUAUGCGUGCUAUUCGCGCUCGUUACAACCCAUACUUGCAGACCAAGAGCAGAAUCGAUCAGCUGAAGCGACUCGGACACAGCGUGGAGAAGGUGGAGUUCAUCAUCAUGGGUGGCACAUUCAUGUCAUUGCCCGCAGAGUAUCGCGACUACUUCAUCAGGAAUCUGCACGACGCACUCUCAGGACACUCUUCAAACAAUGUGGCCGAGGCUGUAAAGUACUCGGAGCAAUCAAACACCAAGUGCAUUGGAAUCACAAUCGAAACAAGACCAGAUCAUUGUUUGAAGCUGCAUCUGGGCAACAUGUUGACGUACGGCUGCACUCGUCUUGAGAUUGGAGUGCAAAGUGUAUUCGAGGACAUUGCCAGAGACACAAACAGAGGCCACACGGUGCGUGCCGUGCUCGAGUCAUUCCAGCUGGCCAAGGACAGUGGAUUCAAGGUGGUGGCACACAUGAUGCCCGAUUUGCCCAACAUGGGUAUGGAGCGUGACGUCUACGGUUUCAUGGAGUUCUUUGAGAACCCUGCGUUCCGCGCCGACGGUCUCAAGAUCUACCCAACCCUGGUUAUCCGUGGCACUGGUCUCUACGAGCUCUGGAAGACGGGCACCUACAAGAACUACUCACCCGACAGUCUUGUCGACCUCAUUGCCAAGAUCCUGGCGCUCGUGCCGCCCUGGACCAGAAUAUACCGUAUCCAACGUGAUAUCCCCAUGCCCCUGGUCACGUCUGGUGUUGAGUAUGGCAAUCUGCGUGAGUUGUGUCUUGCCAGAAUGAAGGACUUUGGAACUAAGUGCCGCGAUGUCAGGACACGUGAGGUUGGUAUCCAGGAGGUGCAUCACAAGAUCAAGCCAGACCAAGUCGAGCUCAUCAGACGUGACUACACUGCCAACGGUGGUUGGGAGACCUUCCUGUCGUAUGAGGACCCCAAGCAGGACAUCCUCAUCGGUUUGCUUCGUCUGCGCAAGUGCAGCGAAACCUCUUUCCGUCCAGAGCUGAAGGAGAACUGCUCCAUUGUCAGAGAGCUUCACGUCUAUGGCAGUGUGGUGCCCAUCCACAACAGAGACCCAACCAAGUUCCAGCAUCAGGGCUAUGGUACACUGCUCAUGGAGGAGGCCGAGAGGAUUGCCAGGGAGGAGCACGGAUCGAUCAAGUUGGCCGUCAUCGCAGGUGUUGGUACGAGACACUAUUACAGGAAGCUUGGAUAUGAACUUGAUGGUCCAUACAUGUCCAAGAUGCUUUAUUAA